UCUAUAACAAGCGUCUAACGUACAGAGUUCAAACAUGGCUGCUAUCGACCGGUUCGAGUUCCUGUUUCAAGAAGUUGUUAAGGUUUUUGGUGAUAUUCGGGAUGUGUUUGCAUAUGUAGGAGCUAUAUAUACAUCCAGAAAAUUGUUGCAUAUUUUACGAAGGAUUUGUGGUUGUCUCAAUGUCCAUUUCGUCAGCCGACUUUCAGAUAAAUGUGACCUAGCACAGAAGUUUGGAGAAUGGGCAGUGGUGACAGGUAGCAGUGAGGGAAUAGGGCGUGCUUAUGCUAAGGAACUGGCAAAAAGAGGAAUGAAUUUGGUUCUUAUUAGCAAGCCUGAAAAUAGGCUGUACAAGGCAGCAAAGCAAAUAGAGGAGGAAUUCCAUGUUAAAACACAGUGUGUAGCUGUGGAUUUCUCUGUUGGCAAGGAUACUUAUAAUGUGAUCUGGGACAAAAUAAAAGACAAGGAGAUUGGAGUUUUAGUAAACAAUGUUGGUGUCAUGUAUGAUUUUCCACAACUGUUCCUUGAUGUUCCAGAAGAGCGACUUUGGCAAAUUGUGAAUAUUAAUGUGGCAGCAGCGACAAUGAUGACACAUAUGAUUCUGCCACAGAUGGUUGAAAGGGGUAAGGGAGCCAUUGUGAUAGUGUCUUCAGGGGCUUGUACACAGAUCACACCUAUGAUGACAGUUUAUGCUGGAACUAAGAGUUUUCUAGAUUAUUUUGCUCAAGGCCUGAGAUACGAGUACAAAAACAAAGGUAUAACAAUUCAGUCCUUGCGGCCAUUCUACGUUAAUACAAAGAUGACAAGAUACAGUAAGACUCUCACGAGUCACAGUUUUCUCGUGCCUUCUGCUGAAAACUUUGCAAGCCAUGCUGUGGCAACCCUUGGUCACAGUGGACGUACAACUGGCUAUUGGCCACACACGUUACAGAUGUGGUUGUUCGAGUCCAUACCUGAAUGGCUGUGGAUGUGGGGUGCCUAUCGCCUAAACCAGGCCCUACAGAGGCAGGCAUUGGAACGUCUAGACCUCAGGAAGCCCAGGGUCAAGUCAGCUGACAGCAUGGACAACUUUGAAGAAUUACUGCAGACCAAGCCAUGAUAUGGAGUCUGAUUGUGUGAUUAUAAGAUACUAUACAGUGCUUUGAUUUACUUUAAAAUAAGAUACUCUGCAGGGCCUCUCCAUUACCUAUGGUUGGAUGGUCUGAUAACUGGUAAUGCUAUUAUAUUCACUAGAUAAGAAUGAUGUCAGAAACACUUCAUUUCACUACUGGACCUUGAAUCAGCUGGUCUGAGUAUUAGAUUUACCAUGAUGACAUUUUGAUGAUAUGAAGCCGCAGUAAUCUUCUGUCUGGGUUGGCAUGGUCCAAUUUCAGAUGUAUCUUCUAAUGUUCUAGAGGUUAGGAAAAACACACUAAUUCGUUGUAAGGUACCGCUGACUUAUUUCAAGACUUUUAAAAAUAAAUGAACUUAAACACAAUUAUGAUUUGAAUGGAAUUACCAUUUGUGACUUAUUCGGUCAGAAUUGUGUGUAUCUGUGAGUGACUUUUCCCGUAGUCAAACGAUUGGGUUGUUUGAUUACAAUGAAGAGUGCUUUUAUACACUAUAAUAUCAGAAAUCUGCAGACAUCAUGUUCAUAGUGGUGUUCUCUGAUUAUGGUCGCAACUAUUUUAGUGCUUAAUCAACACUUGACAAUAUCAAAUUUAUGUAGAUUUGUUAUGUGUUUACACACUUUGUAAGAAUUUGAAUGUGUUUUCUAAUAUAAAAUCAAUAAUAUUGAAAAUCUAAGGAGAAAAACUUGUUACUGUAAGAAUUAUCUACAUUUAACAUCCUUUACCAAAUUGAAUACCUAAACAAUCAGUGUUCCUUAUAGUAAUAUCCACAAUUUCAACGCUAGAUGUGUUAUGAUUACAUAAAUUUUUGUAGAUACAAAAUGCUAGUUUUUAUCAGAGACGUAGAUAACAUGUUACAGAGGUGUCAAUUUUCAGGAUUAUUCCUGAAUUCAGGAUUUAAGCCCACAAGGAAAAUUUUUGAUAAUGAUAUAAAACAGAGGACUGUUUUGGUUAUUUUAAGCAUUCUUGUCACAAAAUGUCAUCUUCAACACAAAUUAUUGACCUUUGGAAUUUUGUUUACAAAGGAAAGAUAAUUUAAUUAAUAAUUAAAACUCUUUUGACUCUGUCCCCCAAAUUCUAGGGUGAUUUUCAGGAUUUAAGAUUUAGGCCAAUUGACACCCCUGAUGUUAUCUACGUCUCUGUUUUUAUUUAUUUGUGACACAAUUAAUAUAUCUAUUCAUACAACACACAAACACUAAAAUGGUUCCAUGUUAGUGUUCAUGUGUCGUAUAAAUAGAUAUCGUUGCGAGAAAUUAAAAUGGAAUUAAAUAUGCAAAACAAUAAUAAAAACAAGCAUUUUAUAUCUACAAACAUCUAUUCUAACAGACCACGUCUGGCAUUGAAAUUUCGGAAAUUGCCAUAAGGAACAAUGAUUGUUAAUUGUUUAGCUUUAUUUUACGAAAUAUUGUACAAACAUUUUGUUGAUUUGAACUAGUCAUGUUAUUUUAAUUGAAUUGAGUGGGUUGAAUAUCCUGGUCAGAUGUGUAAAAUGUAUGCAUAAUAUGUUCUUUGAAGUCUUACCUUUGUAAUGGUAAAGUAGCUUGAAAUGUAUAAGCAAUAAGGCAUUGUGUUGUUUAUAUAAUGUAAAACAGUUUAUUUUUUUGUUUUUUUUUUUAUUUGAAGAUGCUUUUUUGUGUGUCCCAUGUAUGGAAACUAACGUAUUGUCACUCAGUAGUUAGAACUCUCUUUUUAGCUCACGUGAGCACAACGUGCUCAUGGUGAGCUUUUUGUGAUCGCUUUUUGUCCGUCGUCAACAUUUUGCCUUGUGAACACUCUAGAGGCCACAUUUAUUGUCUGAUCUUCAUGAAAUUUGGUCAGAACAUUUGUCCCAUUGAUACCUCAACUGAGUUCGAAACUGGGUCAUGCUGGGUCAAAAACUAGGUCACUAGGUCAAAAAAAAGAAAAACCUUGUGAACACUGUAGAAGUCACAUUUGAUGCUCAAUUUUCAUGUAACUUUGUCAAAAUGUUUGUCUAAAUGAUAUGUUGGUUGAGUUCCAAAAUGGUUCCGGUCCGUUGAAAAACAUGGCCGCCAGGGGGCGGGGCAGUAAUCCUUAUAUGGCUAAAGAGAAACCUUGUGAACACUCUAGAAGUCACAAUUUUUGCCCAAUCAUCAUGAAACUUGGUCAAAACAUUGGUUUCAUUGAUAUAUCGGACGAGAUCGAAAAUGGUCCAGAUCGGUGAAAAAACAUGGCCGCCAGGGGGCGGGGCAGUUUUCCUUAUAUGGCUAUAGUAAAACCUUGUUAACACUCUAGAGGCCACAUUUAUCGUCCAAUCUUAAUGAAAUUUGGUUGUAAGAUUGGUCUCAAUGAUAUUUGGGAUUUGUUCGAAAAUGGUUACGUUUGCUUGAAAAACAUGGCUGCCAAGGGGCGGGGCAUUUUUCUAAUAUGGCUAUAGUAAAACCUUGUGAACACUCUAGAGGCCACAUUUAUUGUCUAAUCUUCAUGAAAUUUGGUCAGAAGAUUGGUCUCAAUUAUAUCUUGGAUGAGUUCGAAAAUGGUUAUGUUUGCUUGAAAAACAUGGCUGCCAGGGGGCGGGGCAUUUUUCCUUAUAUGGCUAUAGUAAAAUCUUGUUAACACUCUAGAGGCCACAUUUAUUGUCCGAUCUUCAUGAAACUUGGUCAGAAGAUUCACACCAAUAAUAUCUUGGAUGAGUUCAAAAAUGAUGCUGAUUGGUUGAAAAACAUGGCUGCCAGGGGGUGGGGCAUUUUUCCUUAUAUGGCUUAAGUUAAACCUUGUUAACACUCUAGAGGCCACAUUUAUUUCGAAAAUCUAGUUCGAAAAUGGUUUCGGUUGCUUGAAAAACAUGGCUGCCAGGGGGCGGGGCAUUUUUCCUUAUAUGGCUAUAGUAAAAUCUUGUUAACACUCUAGAGGCCACAUUUAUUGUCCGAUCUUCAUGAAACUUGGUCAGAAGAUUCACCCCAAUAAUAUCUUGGACGAGUUCAAAAAUGAUGCUGAUUGGUUGAAAAACAUGGCUGCCAGGGGGCGUGGCAUUUUUCCUAAUAUGGCUAUAUAUCAUGCUUUAGUAAAACCUUGUUAACACUCUAGAGGCCACAUUUAUUGUCCAAUCAUCAUGAAAAUUGGUCAGAUGUUAUGUUCCAAUGAUAUCUUGGAUGUGUACAAAAAUGGUUCCAGUUGGUGGUAAAAAACAUGGCCGCCAAGGGGGCGUGGCAUUUUUCCUUAUAUAGCUAUAGUUAAAACUUGUUAACACUCUAGAAGCCAUAUUCAUUGUAUGAUUAUCAUGAAACUUUGUCAGAAGUUUUGUCCCAAUGAAAUUUUGGACAAGUUCGAAAGUGGUUCCAGUUGCUUGAAAAACAUGGCCACCAGUGGGUGGGGCAUUUUUCCUUAUCUGGACUUAUGAAUCUUCAUGAAACUUUGUCAGAAUAUUUGCUUAAAUGAUAUCUUGGAUGUGUACGAAAAUGGUUCUGGUCUGUUGAAAAACGUGGCUGCCAGGGUGUUCACUAGUCAUGAAAGUUGGUAAGAACAUAUUGUUCUAAUGACAUCUUGGGCCGCACAGAACAGGUCAGUUCCUUUGAAUCUCAGGUGAGCGACUUUGAGCCUUUCAGGCCCUCUUGUUAGUUGCUGGAUUUAGAGUUUUCCAAAUGAAAUUAAACUGCUUAUUAUUUAAUGAAUACUGUUAAAGUUAAUUAUUGGAAAUAAUUGUAAUCAUUCUUACUGAGAUUUGCCUGUUGCUUGAAGCUGUAAUUUAGAAUUUGUUGUAAGAAAAUGUAAAACCUGUGAUUGAUUUAUUGUUUUCUCCUUUAUGCAUAUUGUACAUUGUAUACGUGACUUUUAAAAGAUUAAUAUAUUAUAUGAUGCAUUGGGGAAGUACAAGUUUUAAUAGUUAUGUAAAAUGACAGAUGAAUCAAAUGUUAUAUAUAUAUAUAUAUAUAUAUAUAUAUUGUUCUUUCGUAAGUUCUUGUGAAUAAAUUGUUUUGAAAACCUGGAAUUCAUGUUUGUGUAUAUCUUCGCUUUUUGCUUUUUGUAAAGGAAUAAUCAUACAAGAAAGGAUUCAUGCUUAACAAAUCGUUUUGGUGCAGUGAUCCUAUCAUGUGUAGAUCUGUGAUCCUAUCAUGUGUAGAUCUGUGAUCCUAUCAUGUGUAGAUCUGUGAUCCUAUCAUGUGUAGAUCUGUGAUCCUAUCAUGUGUAGAUCUGUGAUCCUAUCAUGUGUAGAUCUGUGAUCCUAUCAUGUGUAGAUCUGUGAUCCUAUCAUGUGUAGAUCUGUAAAGUGGUAGAAGAGGUAACACAUGCAAAGGGAUCUUCAGCAAAACAUGUUUAAAUGUUUUAUGUCAAGUGAUAUUUAAUUGGCGGGAUUAGUUUGUAUCAAACAUCGGGGAUUGGUGAUUUCAUUAAUUGCUCUUUGGCAGAUUUUUUUGUUUUGUUUUUUAUGCAUCACAGUCCAUCGUUAAAUUUAGGACAGGUUAAUAUGAAAUUGA